GCGACCCAAGGCGCCCGACAACAGCAUUGUUGACCAACAGGAUCGCCUCAAUCUGACGCGAAAGCCGAGGUGUCGGUUCCGGGUCAAUGCACCCCGACGAUGCGUGCGUCUCCGAUGCAACACGUCUUCCGGUCUCGCAAGGUGCCAGACGAUAUGUAAUGAGGGGUUGAAUGCCCAUUUGCGUCGAAUCUGGCAUUUCCAUCCUCUCCUCCCCAACUUGGUGCUUUCCAGAUUCUCAUCACUAUCACGCGCGCCCCAGGUCCAGUCGUCAAGAUGGCCACUCCUCCCGACGGCGUCUUCGUCCCCGUCCCCACCUUCUUCAAGACCGCACCCGACGCUGGCCAGCUCCAGCCCGCCGUCGAUGUAGCCACGCAGGCCGCGCACUCGGUGCACCUCGCCAAGUCAGGCAUCACCGGCCUCGUCCUCCUCGGCUCGACCGGCGAGGCCGUGCACAUGUCGGGCGAGGAGCGCAAGGCUCUCAUCUCAGGCGUCCGCAGGGGCCUCGAUGACGCGGGCUUCCCGGACUACCCCAUCAUGGCCGGCGUGCUGGUCAACUCGGUCGACGAGACCCUCGAGUGGCUGCACCAGAGCAAGGACGCCGGCGCGCAGUGGGGUCUCGUCCUCGCCCCGGGGUACUUUGGCGCGGCGGCCAGCCAGGACAACCUGGUUGAGUGGUUCACCCUCGUGGCGGACAAGUCGCCUCUGCCCAUCCUCAUCUACAACUACCCGGGCGUGACGAACAACCUGGUGGUCAGCAUCAAGACGUACGAGACCCUGGCGGCGCAUCCCAACAUUGUGGGCUGCAAGAUGUCGCACGGUAAUGUCAGCCACCACGUGCAGGUGUCGCUGCACCCCAAGAUUGACCACACCAAGUUUCGGGUGUACAGUGGUUUCGGACAGCAACUGGGUCCCAUUGUUGUGUUCAAUGCUGGUGGCGUGAUUGACGGGUUGGCCGCUAUCUUCCCAAAGACCAUCUCGAGGCUGUUCAGCCUGGCGUCGAAACGGCCCCUGGACGAGUCCACCCUGGAGGAGGUGCGGCGUCUGCAGUGGAAGGUGUCUGCGUGCGAGGAGUACAUUGUGUCGAACGGCAUCCUGGGAAUUAGGGAGGGUAUCUACAAGGUCCUUGGAUUCGGCCACCUCGAGGGCGGUCGGUUGCCCCUGAAGGGCAAGAUGGCUGCUGGUGUGUACGAGCAGUGGAGCGACAUCUUUAGGCAGAUGACUGAAGAGGAGAAGAAGUUAUAGACGUCUCAAUGAUACAAUAAUUAUUGACAAAGGAACAGUGACAGAUGUUACCAACCACAGGCUACCUGGGUGAACGCUUAAAGAGCUCAAAACCAGCUGGGCUGAGCAUGAAGCUUGCCACCGGUUGGGUUAACAUCCA